UAUUUACUUCAACUCUAUUAUUUAAUCACCUAAACAACUCACAUUUCCCAUGUGAAUUACAAAUAAAAAAAAAAAAUCAAUCAAACGGUCACAAUUAUCCAAAUCCCUUCCAUUUUCCCAUCAAACGUUCGAAAGUGAUCCUUCCAUUUCUUUUCCAAAAAGAGGUGCUGAAAUUAGGGUUUUCUUAUUACUUAUAAUACUCCUUCUUCCAAAGUGUUCAUUUCACCGUUCACCUCAUAACCCUUUUUCUUCAUCUUCCAUUUUCCUCUUUUCUCAAUGGCGAAGGGUCCAGGUCUUUACUCUGACAUCGGCAAAAAAGCCAGAGAUCUUUUAUACAGGGAUUACAACAGUGACCAGAAGUUCACUAUCACCACUUAUUCACCUACUGGAGUUGCUAUAACCUCCUCAGGUACCAAGAAAGGUGAGCUUUUUGUGGCUGAUGUUAACACCCAAUUGAAGAACAGGAACAUCACCACUGAUAUCAAAGUGGACACAGAUUCUAAUCUCUCCACAACAAUCACUGUUAAUGAGCCAGCUCCUGGCGUCAAGACUGUUCUUAGCUUCAGAAUUCCUGAUCAAAGGUCUGGAAAGGUGGAAGUUCAGUACUUGCAUGACUAUUUUGGAAUUGGUGCCAGCGUUGGGUUAACAGCUAACCCAAUAAUCAAUGUCUCUGGCACUCUUGGAACUAAUGUAAUUGCUCUCGGCCAUGAUCUUACUUAUGACACAAAAAUUGGCGAAUUUACAAAACUUAAUACUGGUUUGAACUUCACCAAAGACGAUUUGGUUGCUUCCUUGACUUUGACUGACAAAGGUGAUGUCCUGAAUGCUUCAUACUACCAUGUAGUCAAUCACUUGACCAAAACAGCUGUUGGUGCUGAGGUAACCCACAGAUUUUCAAACACUGAGAACACACUCACACUCGGCACCCAGCAUGCGUUAGAUCCCUUGACCACAGUGAAAGCUCGAUUCAACAACUUCGGCAAGGCAAAUGCCCUCAUCCAGCACGAGUGGCGUCCCAGAUCAUUCUUGACCAUUUCUGGGGAAGUGGACACUAAGGCCAUUGAGAAGAGUGCAAAGGUUGGAUUAGCUUUGGCUCUCAAACCUUGAGAGUAAUUUUGCGUCCCAAAUAUUGAGGUAGGCAUUGUUAGCAAAGCACAUAAUUUGUCUCACAGGCUUAAAUUGUGUUUUUGAGGUUGGUUUCUAUUAUUAGAUACAAGUGUUCAUGAUGAUGAUUUGAUGAUUGCAUUUAAGCAAUACAACGUUGUAUAAAUAAGUAACGGAUUCUUUCUAUAAACCAAAUGUUACUCUUAAAUCAGCACAACCUUUUUGGCGUAUAUCUUUUGAUGAAAUGAGGAGUGAAGCUCAUUAUCGAGGUUUUUCCAGCUAGA